GGCUCCCUUCAUGCACACUGGCAUCACGCUGCAGAAGUUCUGCGUGAGGCAUCACAAGUCGUGCUCGUCGUCUCUCCCGGGAUGAGAAUACUUCUGCUCUGUGUGCUGGCUGUGCUGCUUUGGCCGCGGAGUGAGGAGCGGCUCCUCGUCCAAAUCCGAAGCAGGUGGCGACCGCAGCAGAGGAGGAGGACAGACGACACCGAGAUGCAGAACCUCAAGCGACACUCGGACGGCACGUUCAGCAGUGACUUCACGCAGCACCUGGACAAGCUCAAAGCCAGGAACUUUGUGCAGUGGCUGGCCACCAGCAAGAAGGACGGGUGUCACGAGGAAGUGUUCCACUUUGCAGCAGAGAUCUGACAUGGAGGGACGGCGACCACAAGGUUUCCAAGAAUCGUUUCACCACUGCAACAGAAGUGACUUUGUCUAAUUGGCG